CCCUUCCUCAUUCUCUAUUCCCUUCGUUUCUCGUUCUCUCGCUCUAAAAUCCCUCACUUUCUCUCUCUAAAACUCAUCGCCGGAGACCUAAUUGAUCUCCUCCCUCUCCGGCGUCGCCGCCCACCAGUACGUUUCUCCGGCGAAGAUCGCCGGAUUCCGUCCAUUCCCUCCAUCUCGAUCCCCCUUUUUUUUCCCCUUCGUGUUUUGACCGAAAUACCCUCGUGUUUUCUCCUUAUUAUUAUUAUUUAUUUAUUAUUAUUAUUCUUUUUGGGGUUGUUUUCAUUCUCUCUCAAUCCUCGUGCUGACGUGGCGAUGGCAAGCAACGGAGGGCACGGAUUGAUGCCACCUGGCGGGCAUCGGAAGCGGAAGGAUCGUGAUUCGUCCGACCCACCCCGAGCGCCGCCGCAGCCGCCGAGUCAAGCCGAGCUGAAACACGAGCCGGUGGCUGGGAACCGGCUCUUAGCCGGUUACCUGGCCCACGAGUUCCUCACCAAAGGAACUCUGUUCGGAAACCGGCCCGGCCCGGAACCGAACCGGAAACCGGACCGGGCCCACCAGCCGAAAACGUACGCUGACGUGGCGCGCGUCUUCAAGACCGAUGGGGUCCACGUCCCCGGCGUUGUGAACCCCACCCAGCUGGCUCGGUGGUUGCAGAUGUGAUCCUCGCUUCUCCGGCGGAGCACCAGAACACAUCCGGGAACACGUGGCGAUCCACGAUUGGUACUAAGGCCUUUUUCUCUCUUCUCAAAUGGAAAACCGAGAAAACGAAAACUGAAAACUGAAAACCGAAAACCUUCUCGUCGUCGUGCAUGCAUCCAUGAUUCAUCGAGGAAGUUGGCGAAUGGAAAACGGAGAAACGUUUUUCUCGGAGGUAAAAGAACGGAGAAAAAGGAAAGAAAGGUUUUUUUCUUUUUUUCUUGUU